AUGCGAGGGUUCAAUGGUAUAGUCUUCUAUGAGACUAUUCCUAUAACUGAUGAUUACAGUCUGCGCAUUGUGUUGGAUGCACACUGCGUAGGUCCGACUUAUUUAACUGUGCAAUUAUAUGUCGAAACCAUUCCUAAAAUGGGUGUCACCCCAGAUAGGCAGCUGGGGGCGCCCCCGAAGCAUUUGGCUGAAGUGGAGGAAGAGACCCAACAAACACGUCAUAUUGAUAUGAGAUCAUCGUUCGAGCCGCCGACGUACGAAACACCUGUUCUUGACACGAAUGAUCGGGGAGGUUGUGAAGAAGUUCCAAUAGAAGGUCCAGGAUUGUUGUUCACCAUUGUGGACGAUGCAUUAGACGAGGGGAUGAACAUUACAAACAAUGUUAAUCUUCAAGAUGAUGACACGUACGAGCAGGAAACGAAUGUUGUAGAUUUAACUGGGGAAGAGGAGCUUCCUAUACGGGCGCCUCGUUGGGAUGAAUCCUCUGAGCUAAGUAGGGAGAUGUUAUUUGGGUCAAAGGAUCAAUUGAUAGUGGCAAUGCAAAUGUGUAAGGAGUUUGAUUGCAGAUGGAGAGUGCGUGCAAUGUAUCAGAUGAAACACCGAUUAUUCGAAAUCACCCAAUAUGGUGGUCCACACACGUGUUUGAAUGAACUUUUCUCGCAGGACCAGAACCAAAUCAUAUCAUCCCUCGUUGCUAGGGAGAUAGUGAAUAUGAUAAGAGGAGAUACAUCGACAUCAAUCGCCACAUUGAAAGAGUUCAUAGAUCGUCAUUUCGGUUAUUCAAUUUUAUAUAAGAAGGUUUGGUUGGGCAAACAGAAGGUAAUUGCCCAAGUAUUCAGCGAUUUGGAGAUGUCCUACCAAACAAUGUCAAAGUGGAUGGAAGCGAUGUGUGCAUACAAUCCUAGGACUAUAGUCAAGUGGAGGUGGACUCCUGUUCCAAAUAGCGAGAACAUUGCAACAUUUGUAUCCGCAAAUAUUUCCCCUUACAUUUGCUAUUGUCCAAGAGAAAAUCCUGGACACAUGGAUAUGGUUUCUGUGUUGUCUUCAUUCCAUUACCGAUAG